AAACACGGUACGUAACGUAUGGUUGUUGACGAAUAUCCCCCAAAUACAUGAUGUGAGCGGGAAAAAUCGACAUUUCCCCAAAAUAACCGACGUAAAGGCGAAAAGGCGACAUUUCCCCUUUAUUUACGCUUUCGUCCGCUUCAUUUCCCCUUAUUUCGCCUUUAUUUCCCCUAUAUUGGUUGCUUGGGGAUUCUGAGGAAAUAUUGGGGAAUACCCCCCAAAACGGGUAAAAUGUUCCCAAAAGUUGGGAAAUUGAAAAUGUUGCGAGCCAGACGCUUUUCGUAAAUGUCGUUCACAUUUAUUAGGAAGGCCAUUUCGCUGGCUAGUCUAUUGCUACGGAGAAGUCAGGCUAUCACCAUUUUCCAGAGUUUUUGCGCAUACAUUUUCAUUGCUUGUGAAUUCUCGUUUGCAUCGUCUGUUACUAGUAACAACUUACGAUGGAAGCUUCCAUCGUAUAUUUAAGCGUUGCAAGCUGCUGACGAGAAUCCACGAAGUAAAUGAACUCACCUUUGCUACUCUCGUUGUUCUUGCUUGGUUCAAAUUUACCAAUGCGAAGAAUUGUAUGAAGAAAUUAACAAGUUGAAAGUCGGGAAAAUAUCUCAUUAUUUGGUUAGUUACAUAUGUCAUCAAAGAAACCACCCAAAGCAUUGUACGUUCCACCAGCUUUAAGAGCAAACAAAAAUGCGAGCGAAGUCAAAAAAGAGUUAUCCUUUUUAGAAUCUCCAAUAUCAUAUGCUUCUGUGAAUGAACAAACUGAUGUAGAACAACAAUUAAAAUCACUUACACUUUCUGACAACUGUAUUGAUGAUGACGAAUGUGCACUCAAAAAAAAACUUUUUAAUAAAAAGCUGUCACAUAAUGAUAGCAACAGUGAACCAGUCAUAAGGUUGAAAGAUUUCCAACAUAUUUUAGAGUUAUAUAACUUUUCAAAAGACUUUCAAAAUUUUCACUUGGAAGCGGAACUCACAGGAUUUGAAGAUAGUGGAUUUUACCUUAAAUGGGUCGAUGAUACUCAUUGUUUAGCUGUAUUUUCUUCAAAUGAUGAAGCGAAUCGUGCAUUGGCUCAAAUAUCAGGACUUUUCAUGAAGGCUCGUAAAAUUAAUGACGCUUCUUUGGCUAGCAAGUUGAAGAUUGCUCGUUCACCUGGUGACUGGACUAUGCCCUAUAAAAAACGACCAGUUACGACUAGCUCAACAGCUCGAAGAUUAAUUUCCAAUCAUUUGGGUAUUGUUCCUACUAAAAUCAAAUCUCCCGAGGAAACUAUGAAAGAGGAACAAGAUAAAGCUCUUUUACGAGAAGCACGUGCUCGUGCGGAAGCUAUUCGUCAGGCACAGAAAUCUCUAUGGGAAGACGAAUAAUGUGACAAUUACAAUUAUGUUUUAGAAUUAUUCCUGUGAAAAGAGUGAUUUUUUGCCUUUGGAAUCCUUUUUAUUUAUAGUGAGAAAAAAUAUCUUUGCAUUUGACCAAAAAUUCAUAUCAUAAUCAUCAGUUAGUAUCAUGAGUAAUAUCUAAAUUAUAUUUUUUCCAACACUGACUUGUUAAUUUUUCAUCUUUCUACUCUUUCUAUCUGUUUACAUGCGAACACUUUAUGCCUUUUCGCUUGUGUAGUGUAAAUUGAAUAUAUCAUUAAUAAAUCAUGGAACUUUCUUCAUCAUGUGUAUCUAUUUGACAUGCUUCUUAUUACUUUUGCAAAUCAUCUAAUUGUAUUUUUAAUAUGUUUCUUUCUUGUUCUAUAUAUGCGUUUCUUGUAAUUUGUUAUUUUCUGGUGUUAAGUAUGCUUUUUUAUUUCACUAGGCUUCGGAUUGUAUUUUUUUCGGUGUAUAUUGAUCUUAGAAACAUAAAAAAUACGACAGGGCGUUGUCAUUUUUGCUUUGAAUAUUUCUGCUGGUUGGAAGAGAGCUAGGGAUAAACAGUCAGUCAUGCCAUCUACAAUGUAGGGAACAAUUUCCUACAGGUUUAAUUCUGAGCUAUUCUCUAGACCGUCGAAUACAGAGUCUUGGUUUGGCCAAAGUCAGAACAAGCAAACUAUUUGGCUAGAUAAACUUUAUCUGUUUCGAACAGUAGCCAGAGAAUAGGAAAAAUGAGUCAACAAGCAAAUAUUGUUUUACAAUGAACAUCAAACUGUGAUUGGUUGAUAAAGAGAUACAGUAGUACAAGGUCAAAGGGAGUUAAUGUGGUGGUGGGCGUUUCCCUUUAUUAUUGGUGAGUUCGUCUAUCGAUCACAUUUUACAUACAACGUAAGACCAGGCACAUAUGUGCAUCGAUCCAAGUUGCCAUACCUCAUUAGCACAACAAGAUGAACACCAAAUUCAUAGAAUUAGUUACUCCAGUGGUAGUUAAAAAACAUUUCAUAUAGAGAUGUGAUACAGGGAGAAAAAAUUAGUUCGUACAAAUAAAAAUAUAAAGUAAUUCUAAUCUCACGGUUUAAGGGAAGACAAAGAGUGUAUACGCAUACGCCAUUGUGAUUGAUUCUGAGCCAUAUCACCCAGAGUCUCCAACCAUUGGUUGCAAUAGUCACACAGACUCCAACCAAUUAGGUUGCAUCUACCAACAUGGCUCAG